UACACCGUCUCGGAGGUGGCGAAACACGACACGAAGGACGACCUGUGGGUCGUGAUCAAGGGGAAGGUGUACGACCUCACGGAGUACGCGGACGAGCAUCCGGGUGGCGUCGCGGCGAUAACGAAGCACGCGGGCGGGGACGCGACGGCGGGGUUCUUCGGGCCGCAGCACCCGUCGCGGGUGCACGACAUGGUGGACGAGUACAAGAUUGGC